AUGCCUGCAGACAUCUUCAUCGCCAAGAGAAAUUUUCAUACAAAUAAGCACGACAAGCAUACCCCAGCAAGCAUCUAUACCUUGGCUCUAGUGCUUUAUCAUGGUAUGCGAACCACACGAUGCGACUUCAUCCGCCAUACCCCACUUCAAUGUGACGAUCCUCCACCGCCAGUGUCGCUACAUGCUUCUUCGGUCUUAGCUUGUGGCCUAUCUCGUCUUUCCAGUGCAACAUUACGACACCGAAGGAAGCGUUAUCGAAUGGCUGGUCGGAUCGUGUGCGGCUGCCUGCCCAGGUUGAACCAUGUAGAGAAUCGAACUCAACUUCACUUCGCAACUCUCAACGAUCAUCUCUGUAUGUAUUCACAUUGUAGACUGACGCCGGCCAUGCAAAAGUCACAGCUAGCAGCAGCUCUGCUGCACAUUGCUGGUGCUUAUGGCACAUCCGACAGCACACCUUCUCGGCUUGAAUCACGACAGGCAAGACCCAGCACAUAUGCAGCUCACACAAUCGACCAACCAAUUGAUCAUGCCCAAUUUCACAACGACUGCAAGUACGAACCACACACCAACGCAACCUUCAAGCAACGCUACUUCUUCGACGACACCUACUACCAGGCAGGAGGGCCAGUCUUCCUCUACAUCGGAGGCGAGACCAGUGGCGAGAGCCGCUUCUCGAACUUGGAAACCGGCAUCAUCCAGAUCCGGAUGAAUGCCACCAACGGCCUCGGCAUCAUCCUUGAGAAUCGCUACUAUGGCGAGAGUUACCCGUACAACUCAUCUACCACGGAUGAGCUGCGUUUCUUGACUACCGAUCAAACGAUUGCGGACAAUGAGUACUUCGCCAAACAUGCCGUCUUCCCUGGCGUCAAUGGCAGCUUAAGCCCAGCGGAUACACCCUGGAUUCUGUACGGUGGCAGUUUGGCCGGUGCUCAGACCGCGUUCUCUCUGAAGACGUACCCAGGAACUCUAUGGGGUGGCAUCGCAUCAAGUGGCACUUCAUUAGCAACUUUGGGUGCCGAGACCUGGUUUGACCCAUACCAAAAGUUCGGUCCUCAAGAUUGCAUUGGCAGCCUCAACGCCAUCGUCGACAAGAUUGACGAAGUCUUCGAAAGUGGUAACGUAGCUCACAUUGCACACAUGAAGUCCAUCUUCGGCCUCCAAGACCUCACCAAUCUCGACUUCGCCCAAGCAAUCGCCUAUCCUCUGGGCAAUCCUGGUAACUAUCCCACGUCAACCUGGCAAGAACUAAACUGGCACCCAGCUUACAGCUCGGACGAUAUCUUCCUGUUCUGCACCAACAUCACAAACGCCAACGCACCCGAAAACAUCACUUCAACCGACUACACCCUCGCGCCAUACACCCGCAACGAAACCUGGACGAACCUAGGCAACUACGCAAACUACAUCAAAUCCUACCUCACGCCCGCCACCUGCGAAGCCAACCAAACAAUCAUCGACUGCUACGCCAUAACCCCCAACACAACCUCCUACAUCGGCAGUAGCGCCAACAACGCAGGCCGCUCAUAUCUCUACAGCACAUGUACCGAGCAAGGAGCCUAUCUCGCUGCACGCCAGAACAGCACCCAGCCCUCCCUCCUAUCCCGUAUCGUAACACCAGCGUACCAGCAACAAUGGUGCACAUGGGCGUUCCCAGCAGGCACACACAACAAGAUCCCAUCCACCCCCGAUUUGGACGCAUACAACAAAUUCGGUGGCAACAGCGUGAUCGCAGAUCGCCUGGCGCAUAUUGAUGGAGAGCAGGAUGUGUGGUUGCCGUUGUGUUAUCAUGCGGACAGUGCGCCGAAAAGGUUCACGAGGAAUGCGACGGAUGCGUAUUUGCAUCCGCAGCUGCUGAUCACGGGUGGAGGACACCACUGGGAUAGUUAUGGGAUUCUGGACGUCGAAGCGGAACCUUCGUUUAUCAGGGAAGCUCACCACUGGGAGAUCAGGGUUGUGAAGAAGUGGAUUGAAAUGUUCGACGAUCAGAAGAAGGGGACGUAG